AUGGCGUCUAAAGGAAAGUCACCUAAAACACCGAAGUCGAAAAGUUCUAAUAAGAGAGAAUCUUUUACUCCAAGUCCUUCACAAAGAGACUUUCCUCGUAGUAGACCUACAUGUGAUGUUGCUAAGAGAGUGAGAGAUCUAUGUGCGACUUGGCACGAAUUGGUGCAAAAAUGGACUAACCUCAACUCACUGGGCACAACAGUAGCCAAUAAAUUGAUGAAUCUCCAGCUUCAAAAACAGUACAGCGAUUUGGAGGAUUCGAAUUCAGUCACCGUCAUGAAUGACAUGAGUCAGACUGCAUCUUCAGAUUUUGAGGAACAAGUGUUGAAAACCCUAGAGGAACUCUCUAAAAUACUUUCUAAAAUGGCAGAAAUCCACAAGAAGAUGGAAAGUCUAACAAAGAGUUUUCAAGCUGCUGAAAAGCUCAAACAAUUCAAAGAAAAAGAAGAUUUAUUUGAUCAUGAAACAGAGACAGUAUUUAACACGUGGCCAGUGAAUGAAUAUUAUUCGUCUUCAGAGAAACUCCAUACCAUGUUUGGAAAAGAACUUGAAUUGAAGCAAAAAAUUUUCCCAUAUUUUACAAAGACUAAUGACAGGAAUAUUCUAUUGGUUUAUUUGUCACUUUGGUUACAUGAACCCUACUUGAGUGACGAAAAGGAUGUUUUACUGGAAAGUAUGUUGAUUGAAACAGAACUGAGAUGAAAAUCCGAGAAAAGACAGGGUCUACCGAUCACGGAGGCGUUUAAAUUCGAAAGACAUUGAAGAGAUUUCAUGUGUACCUUCGAUAGCUCAGUUGGCAGAGCGGGGGACUGUAGAAUGAAAGUUGUAAUCCCUAGGUCGCUGGUUCRAAUCCGGCUCGAAGGACAUUUUUUUGCGUUCGUCUUUUUUUAGUUUUCAAUCUCGUUUAAAGAUCUUGCACUUCUUUAACUAAAUAGGACAAAGAGCAAUCAAAACCGGACGAAAAAAAAUUUUUCAAAAUAUAGUAAUGUAGUUUGAAGGUAAAUAUUACCACAGGAAGCCCAAUCAAAGAUCCCAGAUUUACAUUCGGAUUAAAUUUAAUUUCUUUUCAAGAUAAUUCGCUUGAUCUUUCAUUGAAUGUUGUUGAAAAUGAUGACAGGAUGUCAUCCAAACGUCCAGCAAUUCUUGUGUUUGUUUUCUUAAUCAAAUUUUUAUUACUUUUGCUGUGUUCAUUUUAACUUUUUUUWAAACUUCAAACCCAGGAAUAUUUACAUGCCACAGGAAACCCAAAAGCAGAAUAUCGACGUCACUCACUAAAAACUAGAAUGAAAAAAAACAAACAAACUAUUCUUUGAUUAUUAAUUUACUAAUUCAUAAAUAAUAAUUUAUAUUAUUUAUUACA